ACAGGGUCCGCAGGAGAGGAAUACUGAUAAUUAUUUAGUGAUACAUUAUGGAUCAUUGAAUUGAGUAUCUCUUGGGUGGUAUUUUCUCCCCCAUAGAGGAAUGAAACCGGGAGGAAGGGGAGGUAGAGGACGAGGAGAGCUCUUUGGCACUGUGAGGAUGUUCAACGGACGCACCCCUCCAGGAGAACCUUCUUAACCACACACGGAUUAUCAUCGGAUGUGUCGGCCGAUAUUUUGGGCGACUGGGGGUAUUUUUUGGAACCUAAUCGUGUGGAGUUAUGAGUACAAUCCUCAACUAUUUCUCCUAUAAUGGGAUUUGAAAAAGAGAUUUCGGCCUUGGCCUGAGUGUGGAUCCCGAUCAGAGCCCCAGCGGGAUCCCGGAACGAGGAGGUAGAGAAGACAGCCGAUUAAGGAGGUCAGCCUCCAUCCAGCACGCCCACAUGUCAGCUCCAGUCCACUGUGACAGCUCAACUAACAUGUGAUUUCUGAACAUUGGUGUCUCCUUUUUAAAUCACUGAAGGUGUCCCGGUGCGGAGGCCGCUAACCAUGGAGCGGCUUUUGCUGUGCUUGAUGCUGGUCGUUGCCAUGGCUGUGCGGGCGCAGAUCUGCCCCAAACGCUGCGUUUGCCAGAUCCUGUCACCCAACCUGGCCACCCUCUGUGCCAAAAAGGGUCUGCUGUUUGUGCCGCCCAACAUCGACAGACACACGGUGGAGCUCCGGCUGGCAGACAACUUUGUCACAAGUGUGAAGAGGAAAGACUUUGCAAACAUGACCCGGCUGGUUGACCUGACGCUGUCCAGGAACACCAUCUCCUUCAUCACACCGCAUGCCUUCAUAGACCUGGAGAACCUCAGGGCCCUACAUCUCAACAGCAACCGCUUGACGAGGAUCGGCAACGACACAUUCAGCGGGAUGUCCAAGCUGCACCACCUCAUCCUGAACAACAACCAGCUGGUGCUAAUCCACCAGGGGGCCUUCAACGAGCUACUGGCUCUGGAGGAGCUGGACCUGAGCUACAACAACCUGGACUCCAUCCCCUGGGAGGCCAUCCAGAGGAUGACCAGUCUCCACACUCUGAGUUUGGACCACAACAUGCUGGACUAUAUACCAGAGGGAACCUUCUCUCUGCUCCAGAAACUAAACCGACUGGACGUCACAUCCAACAAGCUGCAGAAGCUCCCCCCGGACCCUCUGUUCCAACGAGCACAGGUGCUGGCGACGUCAGGCAUCCUGUCAUCCACGUCCUUCGCCCUGUCCUUUGGCGGCAACCCGCUGCACUGCAACUGUGAGCUGCUGUGGCUGCGGAGGCUGAGCCGCGAGGAUGACCUGGAGACGUGCGCCUCGCCCCAGCUCCUGUCCGGGCGCUACUUCUGGUCCGUCCCCGAGGAGGAGUUCCUGUGCGAGCCGCCGCUCAUCACCAGAUACUCCCACGACAUGCGGGUGCUGGAGGGCCAGCAUGUGUCGCUCAGGUGUAAGGCGCGCGGGGAUCCGGAACCCGCCAUCCACUGGAUCUCCCCAGAUGGGAAGCUGGUGUCCAACACUUCGCGGACCCUGGUGUACACCAACGGCACGCUGGACAUCCUCAUCAGCACAGUGAAGGACACAGGCUCCUUCACCUGCAUCUCGUCCAACCCGGCGGGCGAGGCGCACCAGAUGGUGGAGCUGCUGAUAAUCAAACUGCCCCACAUCUCCAACAACACCAACAGCAUCCAGGAGCCCGACCCCGGCUCCUCCGACAUCUCCACCUCCGCCCGGGCCGGCGCCAACGGUAACAACGCCACGGCCGACGGGAAGCCCGGCGGGGACAAGCGGGUGGUGAUCGCUGAGGCCACUUCGUCCACCGCGCUCAUCAAGUUCAACUUCCAGAGGAACAUCCCGGGAAUACGCAUGUUCCAGAUCCAGUACAACGGGAGCCAGGACGACUCACUGGUCUACAGGUAAGCAGAUCCAAAGCGGCUCUGGUUUAGAAAGAGUCCCAUGUUACAUGGCUUGCACCAUGGACCUUAU